GAAUGAUAACAAUAAACAACCCUGAAACAAGAGAUACGUGAAGAGGACUUGUCGCUCCAAUUCGACACAAACCUGCUGAAAAUAUGAGUCGAGACAGCUAUCGUCAGCUGGAGUAACGUCUCGUCAAGUAUCGUGGGAACUUCGUGGGUCCUGACACAAAGGAUUUUGUAGUUUUUGUGUCAGCCUUAGGGAGAAGUAGAGUUACGGCAUACCCCUUCCUUAGCCCCUUGUAGCUAGCUGUGGCUCAUUCCUUGUUUUUGCACACUUUGUUUUAGUCUGUUAUGCAGUUUCCAGGGGACUGUACUGGCACUCGUUCUCCUCCGCCACCUCUUCGCUCCCUCUCCCCGCUCUCUCUGGCCCUAUGUCUCGCUGGCUUUUCCCCUGGUCGGGCUCAAUCAAGAAGCGGGCCUGUCGGUACCUUUUACAGCACUACCUCGGUCACUUUUUGCAGGAGCGACUGAGCCUUGAUCAGCUGGGCUUGGAUUUGUACAACGGCAGCGGUGUCAUCAAGGAUAUCAACCUCGAUGUGUGGGCGGUCAAUGAGCUUUUGGAGUCCCUCGGGGCCCCCCUGGAGAUAGUAGAUGGCUUUGUGAGCAGCAUAACGGUGACCAUCCCCUGGCAGGCUCUCCUGACUGAUCACUGCACCUUAGAGGUUUCUGGUCUUCAGAUAACAUGUCGACCCAAGUACCGGACCAGUGGGGGCUGGGACUCACAAGGCUGGUCAUCCAGCAUGACCUCCAGCAUGCAGCUGGCUCAGGAGUGCCUGAAGGACCCCCCUGAGGCUUCAGAAGAGCCCCCUGCCCCACUGGAGGGGCUUGAGAUGUUUGCACAGACUAUUGAGACAGUCCUCCGUCGCAUUAAAGUCACCUUUCUAGACACUAUUGUCCGCAUCGAGCACCAGCCCCUGGACCUGGAAACAGGCGUUGCCUUAGAAGUGCACAUUAAACGGUUGGAGUAUUUUGACGAGGCAGUUCGAGAUCCAGCCAGCCAGACUGCCGUGCCUGUCGACAUCCACCAGCCGCCUGCCUUCCUGCACAAGAUCCUCCAGCUGAGCGCUGUUCAGCUGUUCUAUGACAGCACUGGGAUAGUACAGGGUCCUCCUGAGGAGGAACGCACAGAUUCAGCCAUGGCUAGUGAAGGAGAGGAAGGUGAAGACAACGAUGAGGAGGAGGAAGGGGAGGAGGAAGGGGAGAAAGCUAAGCCACUAGCAGCCCCUCUAUCUCAGCCGCUCCUCAUAGGAAGCUGCUCCGGUUUCAUUGAGACCACCGUCAAGAUCAAACAGAAUGACAUGCUGCCCGGACCAAAGCUGGAGUUGGAUGGGAAAGUGGGCUGUGUCCACAUGCUGCUGUCUCCUGAUCAAAUAACCCAUCUGACAGACCUGCUGGCAGCCCUCUGCAUAGACACUGAGACAGAGACCAAGUGUGGCAGAGUGCACAGUCGUCCAUUAGACUCAGAUGACCUGCGGAUGAUUGAGGAGGAUCUCAGUAAGCAGCUGGGCUCCAGUCCCAGAGACAGGGAGUGGGAAACUGAGCCGGACCUGGAGUCCUUUGUCACUGGCAUGGAGAACGGAGAAAUGUUUUACUCUAUGGGUCCUGCUGGAAUGACGAGCGGUGUGACAUCUGUCCGCUCUGGCAGCGAGCUGUCAGACAGCGACAUGGAGUCUUCCACACAUAGUUUAGCCAGCUUAACACAGCCGUCACCACUGUCUGCACAGGGCAUCAUGAAUUGUCCCAGGAGGUAUCCCGUAGCUGGCUGCCUAUCCAGUCUACCCCAGGCCAGUAGCCGCAGUAGAGGGCGUUCACACAGCGGCCAGGCAGAGCAGCUAAAGCCUGACGCGUUGCUGCGACUGACCCUCGGCGGGCUCACUCUAACCCUGCUGCAGGAGGACCCGCACUCUAGGGCUGACGUAGCCUUGGCUCAGGUGUCUCAGGUGUUUUUCAAGGAGCUGGCCACAUUCAAGGAUAGCAUGUUCAGUGAAAGAGACUUCCAUCAUCUGAGAGGCGGCUUCGCCAAGGCCUGCCCACACUCGCAUCUCAGACUGACGGGAGCAGCAGUGCGGGUUGCUUGUGAGAUGCGAAGUGGGAGACGCCACAACAGGGCUGUGACCUCAGACCUUUCCUUCAGCAGACUGGAGCUGUUAGAGUGCCUCUGGGAGGACGGCCUGUGUACUUUGCUUCAGUUCCAGAAAGCUGGUCUGUUCACAGUUGGAGCUGCAGCCAGACCCUGUGCCCAAUUACACUACAGCCUCACCGAAAAACGCCUCCGUAAGGGUAAACAGCAAGUGUUACGGCGGGACAGUGUAGUGCGAGUGGAGCUGGCUGAGCUCAGUGCCGAGCUGGAUCUGGACAUCCUCAGCCGUCUGGGGAGCCUCAGCAAAGCUUUCAGCUACUGUCCCAAUCAGAUGGCUUCAUCAGGACUCACACAGACUCAUAGCAGCGAGCUCAGCUCCUCCUUCACCCUCCUCUCUCCUCACGCCGUCCUCAGGCUUCGUUUCCCCAUACCUGACCUACGGCCCCUCCCAAAGCGUCGAUCGCCGACCCAGAGGGCAGUGCGGCAGGAGACCUUGGUGUUGGAGAUGACGGAGCUCGAGCUGAAGCACCAGGAGGCCCCAGACCUACAGAGUGAGCAGGCUAUCCCAGGACAGCCGUGGGCCCCCUGCCUCACCCAGCUGCUGGAGGCCUCCUUCACUGACCUACACGGGUCAUAUGAGGGCUGGGAGGGAGGCUCAUUCCCUUGUAUCAGAGUGAGGAAGAAUCGGGACUCUCUGCCCAGGAUAUCAGUGCGUGUGCGUGGAGGUGUGGCUCAGGGCCCAGCAGCGGGUCUGAGUGGCAUGAACCCGGGCCUCAUCAGGGACCUUGGUGCCGCCUUCUUUGAAAGUCACUGUGAAUUCAACGACAAAACCAGCUCUCCCUUUUCUUCCAACCGCACUAUGUUUGAGACCGAGGAGAUGGUGAUUCCAGCCGACCCAGUGGAGAUGCGUCAGUUUCAGGAGCAGUGUGUCGCUCAGUGUCAGUGUGCUGUCGACAUUAGCCUGCCACUGGCCUACAUCCUGCUUCCCAGCAAACAGGCCUUCCAGAGCAUCUAUAACCGGAUCAAUAAUGAUCUGUUGAUGUGGGAGCCUCCCCCGCCUCCUCCCCCCUCAGCCCACAGCCCCGACCACAGCCGCCAUCACCAGGACGAGUUCCAGCUCUGCAAGUCUGCCUUUAGACUGGACUCUGACUCAGAAGAGGACGAGUCUCAGUACUACUUGGCCAAUGAAUCAUCUGGAAAGUCGCACCAAAUGGCUCCUCGUCCCAACCACAACCUGAGCCUUCUCUCCCUCACUGUGAUUAUUGGGAAGGGCCGCCUCCAAGCCAGGACAGACAAGAAGGAGGACCAGAGUCAUGGAGAACUCGUGCUCGAUCUGGAAGGAGGGAAGAUAUUCAGUGUAGCGCAGCAUCAAAAUGACCCCAAUCUCAAUUUCCUGUGUCUGGAGAGCAGACGAGUGGAGCUCUACCAUCAAGCUGUUGUGAAAGACACUCCCCUCCCGCAGCGGUUGGAGAUGCCCAGCUUCAUGCCCCCAAAGCACCUGGACCUCACCAUUUACCCCACAGAAGUGGGAGUGAGCAGUGUGAGUGGCAGGGAGGCGGCGGUGCAGAUGUUAUCUACAGCUAUCAAAAUCACACUGGACCCCAAGAGGAAUGUCAAGGAGUUCCUCGUUGCCCUUCGACUUCAAGGUGCCACCAUGCGACAUCACAUGACGCAGACCAACCAUAGCUGGCAUGAGCAGCUGGUUGACUUCCUGGAUGUCAUUGAUGAUCCUAUUCUGGGAUACACAGCGCCGGCCGUCAUCACUGUCCUCCACACACACCUCGCUACCUGUGCUGUUGACUACAGACCUCUGUAUCUACCCCUGCGCGUCUUAUUUACAGCAGAGUCCUUCUCUCUGUCCAGUAAUAUCAUUGUUGAUACUGCCACCUUCCACCUGAGAUUCAUUCUGGAUGAUUCUGCUCUCUACCUCUCUGACAAAUGUGAGACUGACACAGUGGACUUGAGGAGAGACUAUGUAUGUGUUCUGGACAUUGACCUGCUGGAGCUCGCCAUUACCACCUGGAAAGGCAGUGAUACGGGAAAGUUGUCCCAGCCUCUCUUUGAGCUUCGUUGUUCCAACAAUGUGGUCCACCUCCACACCUGUGCGGAUUCCUGUGCUGCCCUCAUCAAUCUGCUGCAGUACCUGGUCUCACAGGGGGAUUUGCACCCCCCGCCACGGCACACCUCACCCACCGAAAUCGCUGGCCAGAAAUUGCCACUGUCAGAAAGUCCAGCGUCUAUGCUGCCCUGUCCUCCAGCCGAAACCGCUGAGAUCAACCAAUACGACCUGGCCGACGCCUUAAUCGACACAGAGAAGAGCCAUCGAGAAGAAAGUUUAGAACAAGGUUCACCUUCGAUGCCGAGAAGCUCCCCUGUCUCAGUCUACCUGUUCCCCGAUGAAGCGUCGAAGCACGGCCCCCCUGUCCUUCAGGGGGAGCUUGAUGGGCUGGUUGCCACAGCGACAGAGGCACAGGCAGAUAUGAUGUCAGAGGAAGGCUCCGAGGGCUCCACCGACAAUGAUGACUUCUGCAUCCUGGAGGCUCCCGGCAUGGGCAUCCCCCCCAGGGAUGGGGAGCCCACAGUAACAGUGCUAUGCAAGGGGCCCAUCAAAGUGAAGGACAGUCACUUCUCCAGGCCUCGCGGCAGCUCAGACCUGCUCCGAGCCCCGAGUCGCUUUCCGGUGCCGCAGAGCAGAGUGGUUUUGCGAGAGAUCUCUGUGGUCUGGCACCUUUACGGGGGCAAGGACUUUGGCGGCAAGCCCAUGUCUCUACAUGCUCAGAGCGCAAGCAGAGGUCGUUCAGUCUCCGCUGGUCUUCGUGGGUCGCCGGCUCGCUCUGCCCCCUCCGCUCGCCCGCAGAACUCCUGGCGCUGGGCUGGAGGCAGUGGGCGUCAGCACAGCCUGCUGAUGGAGAUACAGCUCACCAAGGUGUCAUUCCAGCAUGAGUCCUACCCAGUGGUAGUAGCAGGGCAGGACGGAGAGGGGUCAGCAGCGGUCGGGGUUGGUCCCAGUGGCGAGCAGCCACUCUCCAGGCAGGUGUUCAUCGUCCAGGAGCUGGAGAUUCGAGACCGACUGGCCUCCUCACAAAUCAACAAAUUCCUCUACCUCUACACUAGUGAAAGCAUGCCCCGCCGAGCCCACUCUAAUAUGCUGACUGUGAAGGCCCUGCAGGUGUGUCCUGAGUCUGGGCUCGGUGGGCCAGAGUGCUGUCUCCGGGUCAGCCUGCUGCCGCUGCGACUCAACAUCGACCAGGAUGCACUGUUUUUCCUGAAGGACUUUUUUAGUAAUCUAGCUUCCUCUGUUAAUCCUUACCUGCCCGUGGACCCUGCAGCUGAAGUGAAGGCAGAUGCCUCCCAGAAGGCGUCUGAGGAACCAGAGGUGGCUGCUGGUGCUGGUAGUCUUGGACCCGACCUCACUGCUUCGGUGGAAACUACCUACAGUGAGCAGAGCUCCUCUUCUGCCGGCUCCAGCUCCUCGACCGACCAGCCGAUCUACUUCCGGGAGUUUCGUUUCACAUCUGAAGUGCCUAUCUGGCUCGACUAUCACGGCAAACAUGUCGUCAUUGAACAGGGGACAUUUGCAGGGAUUCUGAUCGGUUUGGCCCAGUUAAACUGCUCUGAGUUGAAGCUGAAGAGGCUCUGCUGCAGGCAUGGUCUCCUCGGUGUCGACAAAGUGAUUCAGUACGCCGUCACGGAGUGGCUGGCAGACAUCAGAAAGAAUCAGCUGCCAGGUAUCCUGGGAGGUGUUGGCCCCAUGCACUCAGUUGUCCAGCUGUUCCACGGAGUGAGGGAUCUGUUUUGGAUGCCUAUAGAGCAGUACAGGAAGGAUGGACGUAUUAUUCGAGGUCUCCAGAGGGGGGCAGCAUCCUUUGGCACCUCCACAGCAUCUGCUGCUCUGGAGCUUAGCAACAGGCUGGUGCAGGCUAUCCAGGCUACAGCAGAGACUGUGUAUGAUAUCUUGUCUCCAACGCCUCCUCUCAACCGCUAUGCCAUCACAGAGGGCCGCGCCACCUCCAGUCGACCCCGCAGAGCCGCCCAGCCUGCAGACCUUCGAGAAGGAGUGGCCAAGGCCUACGACACUGUCAGAGAGGGAGUGAUUGACACAGCCCAGACGCUGUGCGAUGUAGCAUCCCGCGGCCACGAACAGAAGGGUCUCCCUGGUGCUGUGGGCGGUGUCCUGCGGCAGAUCCCGCCCACUGUAGUUCGACCUUUAAUAGUGGCCUCUGAAGCCACCUCCAAUCUGCUGGGUGGCAUGAGGAAUCAGAUCAAACCAGACGCCCGGAAAGAGGAUUUCCUCAAGUGGCGCACAGAGGACGCCCAAGAAUGAGGACAGCUUUUUGUCUGUGUGAGAGGGAGUGUGCGUGUAUAUGAGAGCGUGUUUAUGCGAGAUCAUGAUUUGGGAAAGUGUCUGUGGGAAUCCAGGGGGUUGAAUGAGUAACUGCAUGUGUGUUGUGUCUAACAAGAGAGAGCGCAUGCUCCAAUGCAAAAAAAAAAAAAAAAUGAAGAAAAACAAAAAAAAGGACUAACUACUGCUGCAGUUCUUGACACGCAGUAUUUGAUGUCGCUUCAGCAUACUUGGACGUACCAGAUUUCACUUUUCUGUUCUGCAUUCGCUCAUUGUCCUGCUCUCAGCAACACACUAGUCUGCAGAUUCUUCUUAUGUCAGUGCAAACAUAUCGCCGUCACUUUCUGCUGGCUUUGUUUUCAGUCUGACGGGGG